UUAAAAAAAAAAAACCUAACUUCCUGACGCUUGAGAACAAACGUUGAGACUGCAUAUCAGUCUGCUGCCAAAUCUGCUCCCCAUCAAAACCAACCAACCAUAGCUUGUCACAAAAAGAUUUAAGAAUAUUACAAAUUGAUUAAAAUCGCAUUUAUGUUUGUAAUGACCUCAUGGUAUUUUUAACAUAAAUGCAUUUUAAACAAAUUUCGGCCACAUUGUAUCUUCUGUUUUUAUUUUGUAAGAGUUUUAACUGUUAAACAAAAGGGAAUGAACAAAUGAACGAAUAUCUUAGUUUGUUCUAAAUCUGAACCAUACCAUGAGGCCGUCUUCAUAAGCUCUGUCUUCAUGUAAACGAAUUGUAGUUAAUCUGCUUCUUAUUAUUUUGUCAAGGUGUUUCUCAUUUCGAUGAGGAUGGUUCAACUAUGUGCAGAGUCGGUCCUACAACUUAUGUGGUUUAGAAGCAAAAAAAAAAAAUUAUGGGAACCAAAUGACAUGCUGAAAAUAACUUGUAAAUCUGGCCGAAAUUUUGUCUAUAUUAUCUGCGGCCGCAAGAACAUGUUUGUAUUGCUUCCACUCAAGGCUCGGCACUGGCUACGUGUCGACCAGUGGCGGAGCUAGAUCUCACGUUUAUAUGGGUCAUAACUCAUUUAUUAGAGACAAAAAUAUACAUCUAUGUGGUUUGAACCUAGGAACAUGUGGGUCAAUAGGAGAGAUCUUGACCAAAUUACCACAAUAGCAACAUGAAAAAUAACCUUACAAGUUUAUUUUUAUUAAUUUCACAUGGGUCAUUUGACCACCAUGCUUCUAAGGUGGCUCCGCCACUGGUGUCGACAACCAUUCCUGUCACGCCAAAUGCUGUGAACUUUUUGGCACAUCCUUAUCAGCUAUAACCACAAAUGUAACUAGAGCAAGAAUACUUAUUUCUUUUGUUAAUUCAGACCAAAUAAUACUUCAUAACUAGACCAAGAACAUAUGCAUUUGAUCUUACAACUCCAUUGUGUAUCGUACAUAUCACGGUAUUUGAUACUAAUUACUAAAGAAGAUGCUUAUUCUCUGCUUACAGUGUACGUUGUUUUAAUUACUUACAAUCUGGCACCCUAGUACCCACUUAGCUUGGAAGUAGUGCAAAAUGAUUAACUUAAGAGACAUAAUAACCAAAAUUAGAAGCUUAGACCAAGUGAAGGCAAGCGAAGAUGCAGCUCAUCGUAGUGUUAUUGCACUUCAUCCGAAUCCAAAUCAUGGGGUGAUAGAGAAGAUUUUGUGUUGAACGCUAAGGAUUUUGCAAUAAAUAUGAAUCGUCUGUGCAAUUAAAAACAAAAUUCUCCUUUACUACCAUUUAUCAGCCAAACACAACAAAAUAAUAAUCAUUCAAUGGAUUUCAUUCACCUAAAGUUUUUUUAUAAAUAAAAUUAUUUCGCAUGUUCCAUCCAUCUCAAUGGAAUGUACUUCGCAGAUUCAUAUAGUAUUUACCUAAUUGAGUAAAAGAAAUCAUUUUUUUAACACUGAUUAAUUAUGCUAUUACAAACUAAAAAAAAUGCUACAAUGUUCGUAAUACAGCUGACAAUUAUACCUGCCUUAUAAGGAUUUCCGUCUGACUGUAUCACUCGAGCCAUGCUUCGAGAUCCAUUCCUGACAGUACGCUUUGCACCAUGCCGAAAAUUUCUUGUAAACUUUUUCUCCAAUAUUCUGCAUAAUUCACCUUUUCCGGGAAUUGAAACUCAGACCUCCUGGUAUAGAAGCAUUAAAGAAUCUUUAGUCAAACUACUGGACCAAACUACUGGACUAAAAGUGAUUCCACGAGUAAAAGAAAUCAAUAGUAUGGAUAUUUAAAUAAGUAGUGUGAAAUAAUGAUGCCAGAAGAGAGGAGACAUGCGUGACGUCAAAGAGACUCCAAAACGACACACAUUUGGAAUAAUAAAUGUAUCAAUAAAAAACAGAUCAGAUCGGAUCCAGAGACAUAUAUAUAAUAAUAAAAGAGACGUUAAAGAGCAAUAUAAACCCUGCAUCACUCCACCUUAAUGCAGUCAACGUGCUCCGACAUGGUUACUAAAUCUCCCCACGCGCGUUUUAUGGCGCGUUAAGUAUUCCCUCCUUUCCAUGCACUGGAUUGAAAUCCACUCGCUGAUGUGGGCGUAGAUGGAGAGCAACGUCCACUCGCUCUUUAAAACCUCCGUCGUCGUUCUUCCAACGGUACUAUAAAGCCAUAACCUCUCUCUCUUCUUCUUCUUCCCAAAUUAGUAACCCUAAAACCUUAAACAUUUCCAACAAUGGCGGAACCUGCUGUAGACAGUUUCUACAAUUCUAGCUUCGAGAUUGAGAACUCGUUCUCCGAUCUCGACGUUGACUUCGAGUUGACUUUCGACGACCUCUACUUCCCUUCUGAGAACGAAUCCUUCUUCAUCCCUGUUGACGUGGAGGAGGAAGCUACUACUACGUGUAAGACGUCCAUGACGAAGAGGAAGAAGGAGAUUGAAGAAGAUGAUGAGAAGAGGGACGCGAGACUUGUUAGAAACCGUGAAAGCGCUCUGCUUUCGAGGCAGAGGAGGAAGCACUACGUAGAGGAGCUUGAAGACAAAGCCAAGAGCUUGCAAUCCGUUAUAACGGAUUUGAACAGUAAAGUCUCUUACUUUAUGUCUGAGAACGCUACUCUGAGGCAUAAGGUGGGUCCCGGAAAGGGCAUGUGUUGGCCACCGCUUGUUCCGUGGAUGCCGUAUCUAGGUUCUCAUCAAGUAGUGCCUUUGCUUCCUAUUCCUCGGUUGAAACCGCAACGACCCGUGGCUAAGGUGAAGAAGACCAAGAAGGUUGCUAGUGUUAGUGUUCUUGGUCUUUUGUUUUGUUUGUUUUUGUUUGGUGCGUUGGUUCCUAUUAUUGUGAACGUUAGCUACGGAGGAAGAGUUUUAGAUGUGUCAGUUAAUAGUAGUAGUGGGAGAGGUAACUUAUCUGCAACAGAGAACUAUGUGCCUCUUGGUAAUGGUAGUGAGCUACUAGGUGCAUCACUAUUUGUUCCGAGGAAUGAGAAGCUUGUGAAGCUCGAUGGAAACUUGAUUAUUCAUUCUAUUUUAGCUAGCGAGGAAGACACAGCUUCUGACUCCACAAGGACUAGGGAUAUGUCUAAGUACCUAAACACCGAAAAGCGGAAAACUGAUGAUUCGAAAGAGAAACUCAACUCAACAAGAACCAAUGGUGAAGUGCAGCAAUGGUUUCGCGAAGGCGUUGCAGGACCAAUGUUCAGUUCAGGGAUGUGCACCGAAGUGUUUCAGUUUGAUGUCUCCUCAACCUCUGGAGCCACCUUUCCUACUUCUCCAGCUACUCAGCAGCACAAGGGAAAGAAUAACAGAAGAAUCCUCCGUGGUGGUCAUCCACUAUCUAAUCUUAACCUAAGCAAAGAUCAAAACAGCUCUAACAAAGAGAACUCCAGCACAAACAAGUCAUUCCCAUCAAUGGUUGUAUCUGUCCUUAUUGAUCCCAGAGAAGAAAGCAGUGAUGGAGUUUUCAUAGUGGUUCUUGUUGAUAAUGUGAAGUAUGUAACCUACUCCUGCGUCCUUCCACGACCAGAAGAAGUCCCUCAUCUUGUAACCACUUGACUUUCUCUGUAUGUAAAAAAACCACAAGAAGAAGUUCUCACACAAUGAAGGUUAUACCAUCAGGUCUGUUCAGUGUCUCAUGUUUGAACUAUUAGAGUAGAGACAAGAAGAUGAAGAAAUGACCUCGUUAUAUUGUACUACACACAAACAAUCACACACAAACCGUUUGCUCUAUAGUUUCUUUUAGAGUCAUAACAAUAACUCUGAUUUUACAGUU